AUGUCGUUUGCUAAUUUCGACUUUGAAUCUCAGAGGCCGUUACUGAAGAGAAGUUCAACAGAAGAAAGUAUAGAUCCGGCAGCCAAUGAAUUAGACGUUAUAAUCGAAAAGACAUCCGAGCAGUUACAACUGUUUGGUCAUUUGGUAUCUCAAUUUGAUAACCAACGCAAACAAAUUGGGAGUAAACGUGAUUGCACUCAGUUACGGGCUAAUAUAGAUUCAUCAGUGGAAACCAUUGGCGAAAUGAAUAAAGCUAUUCUGAGUUUAAUUCUGGACUUGUCUCAACUUAUCAAUAAAAGCCUGACAGAUAAACACAAGCAUCAUGAUGACGAUGAGGAAGUUGGCAGUAGCAUAUAUGUUACCAAUCGACAAAUUGUAAUCAAAGAAAGAUUAGUUACCGAAUUUAAUGAAUUAGAAUCACAAUUUAGAAAAUCAGUUAGAUUGUAUAAUGAAAAGAGGAGAGUUACACCGGUGAGAGAAGAAGUAUUACAGGACAAAACCGACGAAAGAACACCUUUAAUCCAAGCAGACAGACAAGAACAGCAACAACAACAGCUUGAGCAAGAACUUAUCGAGGAAACAGAACUUCAAUAUCAUUUGCUACUUACUGAGGAAAGAAACCGAGAAAUUGAACAGGUAAGCGAAGGAAUCCAAGAAGUCAACGCCAUAUUUAAAGAUUUACAUCAGUUAGUAUCACAACAAGGAGAACAGUUAAGCACUAUCGAAGAUAAUGUUUUACAGUUACACGGAAACACCCAACAAGCGGAACGAGAACUUCAUAAAGCUCAUGAAUACCAAAAACAAAAGGGCAAAUGGUCCUGCAUUUUGCUUGUGGCUCUUUGCAUUGUAGUUUUGGUCAUAGUGCUUGCUGUUAUAAGUUAG